AUUGCGUUUAGUCAGUGUCUGUGUUUCUGCUGUGCUGCCGCGUGGAGCUGUAGUUUACGAGGAGUCCGUGAAGGCAGCAUGAGUCCCCGGAGCUCGGCUCUACUUCCUGUCGGGACGGCGUUCAGCGCGGAGGCAGCUCACCUGAUGACCGCAGCCGUGAGUGGUUUGAUUCCUAUGAAGUAGUGCUUCACGCGGCUGUCUUAACGACAACUCUCGUGCUUUAAACCAGCCUGGCGGUCUGUGGAGGCUUGGGUCUGCUGUGUUUAGUGGGGAUGUGAACCGUAAACCAGUCUAAAUACCAGACUGGAGCUCUGUGUUCAAACUAGACGACAGCCGCGGUCUGCAUCACGAGCGAGAGGACACGUGUGCGUGAACUGGAUUAAGCCCGAGGACUGGCCAUGACGCAGCAGGAGCAGCAGGAGUUCAUGGAGAGCCUGGAAGCGGCCCUCUCCUGGAUGCGGGCUAUCCAGGAGAGGCUGAAGGCCAACGACAACACCCAGGGGCCCCGUGAAGCCCUGGAGGGCCGACUCAGAGAGACGGAGAAGAUCCAUCAGUCGGAGCACGAGGGUCGUGUGAAGAUGGACAUGGCGCUGGUGGCAGCUGAGAACCUUUUGCAGAGCGGUGACGAAGAGCAGAGGAACCACACCCAGGCUAAGCUCAAAGACCUGAAAAGCCUGUGGGAGGAGACCAGCACCUAUAUCAUCCACUGUCACAGCCGCAUAGAGUGGGUGUGGCUUCACUGGGGCGAGUACCUGAAGGCCUACGAGGAGUUUGAGCUUUGGCUGGCGAGCCGGCAGCGCGGCCUGGAUGUCGCGGUGGAGCUGCAGCUGGGGGUCAAGGAGAAGCUCUGGCAGGUGGACCAGCAGAGGGUGGUGGUGAGCGACAUCCACGGCCAGGCGCUGCUUCUGGAGAGGCUGCUGGACGAGGCCGCCACGCUGCACAACAGAACCCAGGACCCCAGCGUGGAGCCCCAGGCCCAGGAGAGGCUGCAGGAGGCCUACAACGAUGUCAGGGACAGAGCCGAGGAGCGUCUGUCGCUGCUUCAGAAGAUUGCUGAGGAGCAGCAGACGUACCAAGGCUGCGUUCAGAGGUUCCAGUCCUGGCUGCUGUCAAAAACCAAGGAGCUCACUGAUCUAAUGGAGAGGGAGGAUACCGCCGAGAACAAGCUCAAAGCCUUACAAGCUCUGGACGACAGCGUAGCCGGCGAGGAGAAGACCCUGCAGCAUAUCGAGGGAGUGGCGGAGGCAGUGAGGGGCAACACCUCUCCCUCUGGGGCGGAGAUGGUGGUGGAGGAGGCCGAGGAGCUGAGGCUGGGCUGGCACAGGCUGAGGCAGGGCCUGUGUGAGUCUGAGGACGGCCUGCGCUCCAGCCUGGACUCCCACAGUCAGUACAUGGCCAGAUGCCAGCGGCUGGGAGAAGACAUCGGCCAGCUCAGGGUGCUGCUGCAGGGGCUGGACCAGGAGCUGGAGGAGGGCCGCGAGGCUAGGGACCGAACCGACCAUACAGAGGAGCAAAUGGUGGGCCAGUGGAGGAAAUACACGGGUGUGAGGAAUACUCUGGCAGGGGAGGAGUCCCAAGUGGAACUUCUCAAGGCUCAGCUCAAAGAGCUCUUCAGGUUCUCGGAGGACUCGCGUCACCUUUCUGAUGAUGUCCUGGCUGUUGUCAAAGAACAUCAGAGUGUGAAAUGCAGAGCGACCAGGCUGUGUUCAGAGUCCGAGUCGGGGCUGAGAAACGUCCUCCAGGACCCGCUGCUGGUCUACGCUCAGUGGAGCCACAUGGUCUCUCAGGUUCUGGAGGCCUCCGCCGAGGUCACUGACUUCUCCCACAUCGCCUUGCUGGUCCAGAGUAUAGAGCGUCUGCUGAAGGGCAGCAUCCAGCUGCAGGAGCGUCUCAGCCUGCUGCAGGUGAAGGGGGACCUGCUGGACUCGGUGUUCGGUCCCGAGGGGUCCGACAGCCUGCAGGGCGAGCUGGGUGCCGCCAUCGCAGACAGAGAGCUGCUUCACGCUCAGCUGCUGCAGAGGAAGAGCAGGCUGCAGGGCUUAAUCUCUAGAACCAAGGACUUUGGCGACGCCUCUGAUUUGAUUCGCUCCAAGCUGGCCGCUCUCCGGGACCAGCUAGUGGCAGCUGACGGCCUCCAGCCUGACAUCCUGGCCAAGAAAAGCCAGUCAGACCAGUUCGGGGUGAUCCUGAAGGACCUGGAGGACUGCGAGGCCCACAUCACGGCGCUGGAGACUCUGGUCCCGUCCAGUCAGAGCAACAGGACGCAGUUCGAGAGGAUCCAUGCCGAGUGGAAACACCUGUACAAGGCAGCCAGGGUGAAGGUGCACGAGAGCGAGGACAGCAUCGCAGAGCACGAGAGCUUCCACGACAGCCUGCUGAACAUAGAGAAGUGGCUGAUGAUCAUGAAGCAGAAGCUGGAGUCCUUCCACGGCCCCUCAGGAGAGUGGAGCGUAGAGGGUCGCCAGCACGAAGCCGAGAGAGCUCUGGGAGAGUUUCCUGAGAAGGAGCUGCAGCUGCAGCAGAUGGAGGUCCAGGGCCAGGGGGUUUUGGAGAGGACUUCAGAGGAUGGACAGGUUCACAUUCUGCGAGACAUUAAGCGCCUACGAGAGACCUGGUUGGCCCUGUACAAUAUGAGUCUCAAUCUUCACAGGCUGCUGAACGGCUCCACAGAUCAGACACAGCCUGACUCAUGGAGUGUCGGAGGCCUGUCUGCAGACAGCGCAUCCCUGGCGACAGAGCUCAGUCUAGGGGAGGAAGCCUGUCAGGUCGGGGCAGGAGGCUCCAGGAGCCUGAGAGGCCGAAAACAAGAUAAGCCAGAUGGGGUGUACGCAGCCGCGGCCGGCUCUGGGUCUGGAGGAGGAGUAGGAGGAAGCCUGGAGGGGGUAGUGACUGGGCAGGGUGGACAGAUCCAGGGCAACGGUGAAGGUCGCCUCAUUCUGUCUGGACAAGACGAUAAACACAUGAGCCCGUCAAGGACAGGCGAGGACAGCGGACGCUCCUUGAUAGGAGACCAAGUAGAUUCCUCCGCUUGGAGCGUCCGCAGCUGGAAAGGUUCCACCGGAAGCCCUGACGGUGAUGGAUCAACAGGGGGCAGCGGCAGCAUCUUGGCUGCAGACAGAGAGGGAACAUCACUUAGGUCAAAGGUCAGCUAUGGUGAGGGGAGUAGAAUGAUCUCCGGUGAAGGCAGGGUGGCGGCAGGGGAAGGCCUGAGUCCAGGAGGAGGAGCGUUCAUGCUGUUCAGAAGGGACCCCACCAAGCAACCACCAACAACACCAACCCAACACCCAACGGGGGCCACAGGGGAGUACAGAUCCAGGAGGAGGGAGUUUGAGGCCUGGCUGUCCAAAGAGAAUGAACUGCUCUCAGGGAUCUUCAGCAGCAAAGGAGCAACACUCGGCGCCAAAGAAGUCAAGAUCCGACAGGACACACUCAAGGCUCUGAGGGCAGAAGUGGGCUGGGGUCAGGAGCAGUUCCAGCUGCUGCUCCAGGAGAGUCCGGGCGGCGAUGCUGGUUCUGGAGCAGCAGAAGACGUGAGUCUGGAGGAGCUCCGCUACCGCUGGAUGCUCUACAAGUCCAAACUGAAGGACGUGGGAGACGUCAGGUCCAGGGCCGGUGCCAAGAGAGUCCAAACCAAACAAGAGGAGCCGGUUGUCGCAGAAAAGCUGCAAAAGAAGCCCGGCUUGUGUCGGCGGGUGUGUUGGCUGGCUCUUCCUCUGUGGCUCCUCUUCCUCGCUCUGCUGCUCCUGGCCUUCCUGCUGCCCCUCAUGGAGGAAGGCAACAGCUGCUCCCUCUCCAACAACUUCGCCCGGUCCUUCAACGUCAUGCUCCGUUACGACGGACCGCCCCCCACAUAGAGGGGAGUAACGCCUCCCCUCACUCUCUACAGCAGCUUAUUCUAGAACGGACCGUGGCUUAUGAAGAAAGUGUUGACCCCUGUCCUCCUGUCAUCAUGGGUAAGACUGUAAGAACACAAACGGGACCGGUUCAGUGGACUCUGCAACAAACCUUCCACUCAUUUUAAAAACAACUCAAGUCAUUAAUAGAUUUGCUUUGAAUCCUUUAAUAUCAGCUCUACUCGGAUGUAGCAGACACAUCUGCAAACUACAAGUCCCACAUUUUACCGGUGCUCCUAAUCAUUCUGGACUACGUCGUCAAGUUGACACUUGAUGACGCUGCUCAACCUCACAUCCAUGCUUCUAUGCAUUAUAAAAAUCAUGAUCUGCUAAUCAUCAAAUUACUUAAAGAUCAGCAUAAUUGCAAUAGGACUACAAAUCCAGGGCUCAUUCUAAGAUUUUAAGAUUUUCUACCAGACAGUAGCAGCUCUAACAUCCGUAAUCGAUGUCUGCUUGUCCGCUUGUGUCGGAGCACAACACAUGCUGGGGGCCAUCGUGACUCAGACGUCUGCUACACUCGCACACACAGUGCACACUGAAGCUCGUGUCCACCGUCCACACCAGGAACAAAACCACACUCAUGGAUUUGUUUUGACACCCUUUGUUGGAAAAGGUUGUAAAAACACGUGACAGAGGACAUGAGCUGCUUCAAUGACACAAGUCCCUGCUGCAUUCCUACUGAGAGUUAACAGCAGUCCAGCAGCCAUUAAGUAGAACACGAACCAGGAGAUCCAAACCAAAGACUGCAAGCAACAGAACUGGACAUGACCCUGUUCUCUCCAGUGGUCUGGAUUAGAAAACCAGGGUACCAACAAAGACUCCCUGAGGUGCUUUUAGCUGUGCUAUUAGCUAACGUUGUACUGAUGAUAUGUAGCAACGUUACACAACUAGUUUGCAAAGAACUACAAAGUGCAGCUUUAUAUUUUAAAUCAUUGUGUUUCAUUUCUUAAAGAUUUUAAGGUAAAAAAUGACAUUGUGUGUCCCCGGUAUUGUAAAAUCAUCGUAUGUUCGAACCAAGAGCAACGUGGCUAAUCCUUCUGAUGUGACUGGGAACAUUGGGAUCUUAUAUUUCCAUCUUUUUUGAAGUUGACUUGAUCAUUUAACUGAUUAAAUAUAGCAUUACAGCCCCAGUGCUGUACAGUGCUUUCAGACCAGCGUGUGCCUGUCCGUACCACAUGGACCCCAAUCUGAAUGUGGACUGUGGGCUCCAGUUGUUGGCUGGAAACUGUGCUGUACACUAGAGAGCUAAAGUCCCAUCAGAACCCAACGGCUAACGGUCUGAUGAUGAUAAGUCUAUGGGUGUUACGACAAAUGUUUCUGUGGUUCCGGUGUAGCCCGCCAACAUUCCCGUGCCCUGGUUAUUAACAGUCCGAUAAGCAUAAACGUCUACAACCUGGAUUGGUUAACAGUUCAAUCUUUUAAACUAAUAAAACCAUAUAUCAUCGUCAGAAAAUAGCCGGUAGGUUCCCAAAUUGCAUUGCAAUGCUCUCUACACAGACUGUUUAACCGAACGCAACCAAAGCCUGCUCCAACGUGAUUGGUCAAUACUACCCAGACUACAAAUGGAAACCAGAAUGAUUCUGAUACCAAAGUCCCGUCCCGUGGCCUACGGAUUCAGAAUUUAUAUGCAGAUAUCUUUUUAUAGAUUUUAGAUAAUAUAGUCCUGGUUCCCCCCCGCUGCUGUUCCACUUGCAACAUCUCAUUAAAUGUGAAACAUGUUGCUGGGGUUUACUGUACAUAAACUAUAUUCUUUUUUAACAAUGUUUCCAUUUUACCAGCGUGGCACAGGCAUCAUCAUACCCAAGAGCCCUCCUGCUCUUUUUUUAAACGCCAUUCAGCCCAUCCUGUAAUAAUCUCCAUUUUACUUUUUUUGUGAUGCUUAACCCACGAUGGACAGGGGCUUGUGGGAAACAGUGGUUUUUUUUGUUUUUUUUGUUUGUUUUUUUAAAUGAAGCUAAAAACCGAAAUAUUGAUUAAAAAAACAAACAAAACAACAUCCGUGUUUAGACUUACUGUUGAGCAGGAUAAUGCUCCAAAGCUUGGUUUUUACUAAUAUUGGUAAUGUGAUUUUGAAUGAAGAUCAGGCCCCAGAAGGUCUUAUUUUUAUAAAAAAGAAUUUACACAGACAAAGUACACAGUCUGAGAGGAAGGGAGAGGUUUCUUUAUAAAUCCAAUUUGAAAGCCAAAACCAAACGUCCCUCCCCUGAUCCCAGACCACGUCUCUUCCUCUUAUCACAGUGGUUGAUCACGUUGCUCACGGUGUAAACACACUAACAGAUGGUUGACUCAUCCGGCAACAAUUUAGUAGAAGGCGGUGCACAUGAAGAAUCAUUAUCACAUGACCGAUAGAACCUUUACCCUUACAUUUACAGACUAUUGUCCAAUGAAGGUGUGUGUGUAUGUGUGUGUUUUUGUGGGCAGUCAACUCAUGCUCUCUUCCCUUCUAAUGACACAUUUUCUCAUGGAAACCACAUCCAACGCUCUGAACAUUAAGAAGGACUGUAUCAUAAUUGCUGUUAGUAUUUACAGAAUGUACUUUGAAGAACCAAACUCGCUCUUUGUAGGUUGAUUGUGUCCGUAGAACAUUUGACAGCAUGUCUUUUGUGUUCUUGCAUGUGAGCAUAAGAUUUAUUUAUCUUUAUCCUGUUAACACUGAUUUCAUGACUCAUCUUCAGGAAUAAGAAGGCUGUUAUUUUUUUAUUUUUUUCUACUGUACAUCUCCUGAGAGCUGCUCAACUGAUUUUCUCUUCGGAAGGUGCUUCUUUUGCUUCUUCACAGCCUAAACCACCAGUGAGAACACUUAGAAAGCCGUGUACCGUGGCCCCUGACGCUCUCUUGGACCGCGUCGGGCUCCUGAUGCCAGCGGUCGAGCUGUAAACGUUGGCACUCACACUUUCUUUGGUGCAAACCCCCAAAAUAACUUGUUUUACCCUGCACUCUCUCUCUCUCUUUCCACUCCGCACACACACCCCUAAAAAUACACCCAAACACCUCCACACACCCUCACAUACUCCAUGUGUAGGCUUUUAUUGAUUUAUCAUGUUGCUGUGGCAACAGUGACCAAAUCGAGUAAAUCUUCCUAUCUUCCCAGCUAUAGUCUUUGUUUUAGCAGCAACUUUGCAAGUCCUCCAUUAUGUUUCUGAGUUCACGUUAGGGUCAGAGCACCGGUGAGACACAAAGACGUUACACUUCAGCAUCAUUAGAUUAUCACGUCCCAGUUUAGACACAAAAGUAUAACUCCCCCGCCAAAAAUGAAAGCACAUGGGGGAAAAUAUGGAGUUAGUUCGGCACACGCUUUAACUAUCAACCCCACCGGUGCCGACUUCUACUGUGUGAAUAUGCUCCAUGCUGCAUGGAACCAUGUUACCAUGGCCUUAAAGCUUCAUGUAUACCAUCCAGUUAAUCAUUGUAUCAGUGCCAUAACCUCCUGUAUUUAUUCAGUAUGUAGCUUUAUAAAGCACUCACAAUCAGCCUACUAUAAGAGUUGUAUUAGCAAGUUAACUAUAAGAUUGAGCGUGUUAAUGCUGCAUUGUGUUCUGCUUAUUGCCCUGUCCUCCUCUGUCGUCCACUAUGCAUGUGUCCUUUCAGAGCCGAAGCAUCGUCCGGCUCCAACACUGCAUUGUGUCCAUUGAUACCUUAUGCAAUGUAUGAAAUGACUUUAAUGUCCUGAGCAUGUCUGCUCCUUUACAUACAACAUGUGUGACAGACACGCAAGAAGAAAAGCUGCCACUGUGGUCUGGGUACAUUCAUUAUGCAAAAAUGUCUAAAUGCCAGUGUCUGCUCUCAGAUUGAGGUGUUAAAUAUACUGGUAAAGAUUGACAAGAGCUUUUUUAUUGUAAAAAUGAUUCUAUUUUCUUAAUUUUUUGAAACAUUGUUCAAGAAAGCUUGUAUUUAACCUAUGUUGUUUUUUAUUCAGAAGAAAUAAAA